AUGCAGCUCCCGCCGACGGAGAAACGGGCACCUCCCUCGCCCCAGCCCCAGCCCCAGCAGAUCCAGAUCCAGCAGACCCAGAUCCAGCCCCAGCAGAUCCAGACCCAGAUCCAGCCCCAGCAGAUCCAGACCCAGAUCCAGCCCCAGCAGAUCCAGAUCCAGUCCCAGCCCGAGCAGAUUCAGACCCAGCCCCAGCCCCAGCAGAUCCAGACCCAGAUCCAGUCGCCUUUCCUUCAGCAACUGCAAGCCGGGAACGGAGGCAAACAGAAGCUCCCCUCAACCUCUGAGGCCCCCCCGCCCUCACACGGCGGAGGGUCACGAGUGUUCACACUGCAGCGCAAAGAUCACAUAUUGAAGAUAUCCACCAAGAUUUUGCGCACAUGCUUUCCCAAUAUCCUCACCGCGGCGUCGGCGAUGGCGGAGGCGACGGGAACGACGGCUACCACGGCGGAGGCGGCGGAGGCGGCGGGCGUGGAGGUGAAGAAAAAGCCGCAACCUGUGACGGUUCUCGCACCCAUGGCUCCGGGAUCUAGGAGCCCGUUGCGGCCUUGGGAGGCGCAGCUGCGGCAGCGCAGGAAUGGCGGAUGGGUGCUUGACGGUCUAGGCCAGGCUAUGGACGUGAUGGGGGUGCCUGUCGGUGGAGUCGUAGGCCUUGCGCGCCUGCCCAACGGCGGAGUGAUGCUUCAGGAGGUUCGUGAGGAGGUUCGUGAGCAGGCGGAGGCGGAGUCUGCGGCGGGGGCGGAGGUGGGGUUGGGCGUGGACGUGGCAGCAGCAAGCAGACUCCGGCCUCCUUUGUACGCCGCUGUCCCAGGCCCUGGCGUGACACCUCUACAUAACUACGCCGCCACCACUGGCGGCAGCUGUGGCGGUGGCGAUGGCAGUGGGUGUGUGAACGGACAUGCUGGCUGGGAUGUAGGGAGCUGCCGGUUUUCAGCCGGCACGUUCGUAUUGCCUGAGGUCUCCAACCGCAUCAUCAUCAUCAGCAGGAGCAGCACCGAUGACUACAAAGCCCUGCAGCCGCUGCGCGACCGUUCUACUCUCCGACACGACUGCAGCCAGGCUGUCGCCGGGCUGAUGCCGCCACCGCCGCCGCCGCAAUCGAGCUCGGUGCUGCUACCAUCGCAGGGCGUCGGCGCGGCGGCCGCUGGGGCAGCGGUCGGUGGCGUCCGUCAGCCGCCAUCCCCCGGCUGCGGUCCGCUGCAGGAUGAGGCCCCGGCGGGGGGUAGUGCCCGGGUAGUGCCUGCGAUGGCCGCAGUCCCAGGUGACCUUGGACCGUUCGGAAAGGCGGACUGCUUCGGAUUCUUGGAAGCUUCAAUCUCUGGGGACGGCGGCAUGGGACUGGCAAAGGGUGUACGGUUCAACGGAGCCUCUGACGUGAUGAUUGGCAAUGAGGAGCUGUUGCGGACAGCGGGGGCGGCGGCGGCGGCGGCGGCGGCGGGGGAACCUGCAAGUGGUGGUGGUGGUGGCGGCGAUGGCAAUCCUCGUUUUUGGGACUUCGCUAGCCCCAGUUUGCCAGAGCAUUUCAGUUUGCGGUUCAGCUUGCCUAGCCUCGGACUCUCGGACAGCCUCCUCAACUCGACGGGGAGCAAGGAGGAGAGUUGCGGUGAUGCAGCAGCGGCGGCGGCGGCGGCGUCCGCGGCGAUGGAGCGCUCGGGUGUCAUUGGAAGCGGCGGGGACCACCGACUGCACAUGGAUGGCGGCCGUGGCGGAGCUUGGAGCGGAUUCAUGCCCGCCGGAAGUUUCGCUGCUUCGGCGGCUGGCGCAGCGGCGACGGAGGCGCAGCUCGGAAUGUGCAGCGCCAGCUUUGGCGAGGAGGACGUGUACGACGGUACGGGUCUGUACGACAUGAUGAAUCGGAGCCCAUCGAUAGAGCCCGAUGACUUGCUGGUGAGCAUUGGCGAGUCGGCCACGUGGGCCGCACAGGUCGUAGAGCCGCAACUCGAGAGUGGUCUUUCGCGGGAGCACGCCCACCACCACCGGCACCAGCUUUCACAGCAACAGCACCUGCAGGAGGAGGAGGAGCUCGGGAGGCCGCGGGUCGCCACGGACACCGCCGCCGCAGCCGCGUCCGCCCCACAGCAAGCGGCAGGAGGCACCAUCAUCAUCAUCAACAGCCGGCGGGAUGGCGGCGGCGAGGCCAAUGCUGCUGCCGCUUCCGCCCAAGCCUUCCCGUCGCAGGGUGCGGUGUGCCGCAAGCGCUCACGUGAGGUAGAUGUCGCGGCGGAGGCCGAUGCCGCUUGGGAACACGAGCAGCAUGGGCAGGUUGCGGUGUGGCCAGAUGAUCUGGAUCCCCCUGUUGCAGGCACUGGUAGGGGCGGCUGGCAGAAGUUAAGGCCUGACUUCUGCUCCCAGUCGAUCCAGUCGACCCGGGUUCAAAUCCGCCUGCCAGCUCCUCGGGUGUUUGAGGAGUGAUGAAAUGGGAGGUGGCCCCCCAUCAUAUGGACGGUGUAGGACGUGAUAAUAUCAACUUGCGAGCUGACCAGGAACUAAGUUGAUGCGCCGUUGAUCCGCUAGAUUUGGUUGGAUGCUGGUGGUGAGUUGCCGAACCCAACGAAUACAUUCUGAAGUCGGAUGGGGUGACGGAUUAGGGUGCCCCUCUAGCAGGGGAGAGCAGGGACUGCCCCGGGAAAGGGGGCCGCUGGCGAAGUUAACCACCCUGUAACAACAUACAUACACAUACACAUACAUACGCACAUA